GCAAAUUUAGUUUGUAUUCCUCUUUUCUAAGUUUGCUCGGAAAUGGAUACUUAUAUUUUUUAUUUUAUCGCUAUGACGCUAUCUAGUUCUAUGGAACUAGGACACAUCAUACAAAUUUCUAGUUCCAUAACUAUCCAUUAAGACGGCACUAGUAAUGCUAAGGUCGGGGCUAUACAUGGCGUAUUCCGCCGCGUUUUCCGUCGAAUUAAAAACGCAUUGGUUUAAAUCGGAGCAGCUAUACACGACGGGCGUAAUAGGCUGGGCAAUACGCCGUGUAUAGCCCCACCCUAAAAGGAAAAUAUCCAUCCGUACUCCGCCUGUUGAACUACAUUUCGUGGUCAACCCCCCACACCCUCCAACCUGGUCGUUUCCAGUCCUGUAUAAUAUCUUAGUCCGUGACGUAAACACUACAAUCAGCAAACCGUUUGCUUUCGUUACCACCGCGACACGUCGAAAACACGUUUGCAGACUUGUUAUCAAUCUAUUAUUUUAAAUAUUAUCUACGGACUACGUCUACAAAUCUGUAAUGGUCUGACUGUUGCUAGUUUAGUGGAAAAAAAAAUGAAAGUUCCUCAUGGAUAUUGUGACUUACGCGUAGAACGAGUUAAUGAUGAUAUUAUCAAUACUUUCAUUGAAUAGUUUGGAUAAGUCAUGUUCAACUUGGGUGACAACUGCCAGUAUAUUUCGCGGAGAACCACGAGCUCUAUCAACGUCCGAUGGGUACACUUUGAUUGCUGUAAAUACUACAGUUAACAGUUCAUUACUAGGUGUUGGGAAUUCUAAUAGAAAAAAAAGAAAAAUAGCUGAAUGUAAUGGUGAAAACAAAGAAGAAAAUGACUGGGUUCCAACUCCCAAGUUCAUAAAUCAUGAUGAUUUCAAAUUGAAAAUAGUUAAUCGAUUGACAGUACAAAUAUCAAAUAUUGGGCAGCUGCACAGAAUUUCAAGUUCUCAAAAUUUUAAAUCGUAUAAUAUUCUUGCAGUAGAACCAUUAAAUGAUCAAGUUUUUCAGGAUAUACUGACUUCUUCAUCGACUUCAUCUAUUAACAUAAUAACUUGUAAUAUAAAAACAUCUAUAACUCCAAAGCAAUAUACAAUCGCAAUGGAAAAAAACAUAUAUUUUGAAGUAUCCUAUGCACCUAUGUUAGUUAAUCAUAUUGCUCGUCAAGAUACUUUAAGUUUGGCUCAUCUUUUUCACAUGAAAGGAAAAUCAAAAAAUGUAAUCGUUUCGAGUGGGGCAGUUAAUAAAUUAGACAUACGUAAUCCUCAUGAUGUGAUGAAUUUAGGUAUUUUACUAGGUCUUUCAAGGAAACAGUCAAAAGAAUCAAUCACUCAAGGAUGUUAUUCUAUUAUAUUACAAAGAUAUGAAAAAAAAAAAUGAUAAGUCUGCAAUUAAGAAGCAACCAAGAAAAAUAACAUCAUAAUAUUGUAAAUAAUUUAUAAAAUAAGACGUACCUAUGUAUAAUAUAUUUUAAAAAUAUCUUUUUAAUUAUACAUUUUUAUAUAUUAUUAAAUUGUUUAUUUUUAUUUUUGAUGAACAAAAAAUUGUAUUUUAGAUUAUUUUAGAUUGAUUAAAAUGAAGAACAAAUUUCCAGGACAAGAAGCAUAUUUGUAUUUGUUUACAAUGUUAUAUUACCAAGAUUGUUAAAUAAUAUAUUUAAUACAUAAACCAAUAGGCAAUAUCGAUAAUUAAAUAUUAAAUAGUGUUGUAGUUUGUACAAAUAAACCUACAAUUUGUAGUAACAACUAUUAUCUAUUACAGCAGUUCUCAACCUUUUGUGGCACACAGAUUCCUGUAAAAAUAAUCUUUAAAGCCUUGGACCACCGAAUUUAUGAGAAAAAAAAUUAAUUUUAAUGUCUUAAUUGUUCACAUUUUUAAAAACAUUUGCACAUAUUUUUACACAAAAGUUUCUAUAUUCAUUAGUCAUCACACACAAUCCUAAAAUAUCUAAUAAUUCAAUAAAAUUAAAUAAUAAUAUAUAGGUAUUAAUAUAUUUAGUGUAUAUUGUGUGUAUGUGUGUGUGUGUAUGAUCAGAAAGACAAUAGUGUCGCAGACCACAUGUUAAGAACACCAGGUCUAUAACAAAUUAAGGAAUAAAAAUGAUUCCGUCAUAAUUAUUCUAUAACUAUUGCUCUACAGUAGUAAAAUUGCCCAAUUCUUGAUAUUGUGAUAAACUUAGUUGCAU